AUGGGUUACAAAAAGUAUACCGAGGGUUGGAUGUUUCAGGGCAAUAGACCGACAAGACCUACACAAGAAGAAAGGAGUCUAGCUCCUGAAGAAGCUGAUAUGCCAUCUUGGUUUCUUCCAUUUUAUCAGCACUACUCCGGCUUCAGUUCUAAGAUGAGAGAAAAUUUUGCUUCUCUUCAGGAUAAAAUCGCAAACAUUGAUAAAAAAUACACUUCAUUAGACCAACGCAUUGCUAAAAUAAAACACCAUGUCACACAAAAUAAAGAGAGUAAUGAAAAUGAUGAUGAAGAAGAAGCUGCAAGUGAAGAAGUUGAAGAUGAAGGAGAAGAUGAAGAAGAAGCUGAAGAAGAAGGGGAAGAUGCAGGAUAUGAUGAACAAGCAACUGAAGAAGAAGAAUAA